CUGUUUAGUAUCUGACUUCAGUGCGUAAAAAUAUGUCUACACCAGAAUAAACCCAAAGGCAAAAACAUUAAAAAUGCUCCGUCUCCAUUAAAAUCUCGUUACAUUUUGCAGUAACAAAAAGCUUUCAUGUGUUUCUGACAGUGGUGUUUGUUGUCAGCUGAGCUUUAAUAGAUAAAACAGUCCCAUUCAGGGGCCGUCGGGUUUGCAUGGCCUGCUGCGCCAUAAUGGUCGGCACAAGCCCUCCAAUGGCUGCUAAACACUGAGUGUUUUUUGUCAAUAUUAGCGGGACUACUUGGGGGGGAAGUUUAUAAUUGGACACGUGUUUCCCCCGCUUUUUUGUCGUUUGGAGAUCAACUGAUUCCUUUGUGAUUCGUUUUUAAAGCAUUGAACGAUCCACAAGGAGGGGUAAAGUGUUCUUAAGAGCUCCCUUUCAGUCUUUAGAAUUGGCCAGAGCGACCCGCCGAGAAACAUGGAGGCCCUGGAAGUAUUUAAUCCAGGAGAUGUGUCUCUGAGGCUGUCACACAGAGGAGACUCAGGCACGUGCAGGUAGGCAGUCAUUAGGGUUUAUUAGGGAAAAGCGAGGCCUUCACAGACUUAGUCCAUCACUCCAGCACAGUUUAUUUUCUCUAUCUGGUCAUUACAGAAUCAUUUCAUUUUACUUUUUUAAAACAUGGAGGACAUACUCUUUGACUUCGACCACGAUGGUACAACGGAUUUUGCAUUUUGGGGACAGAUGGACCAAAACUUCCAGUUUCAGACGCAGCUGGACACCUUCCUGCUGGACUGCACUGCAGCCACAGGCCAGCUGUCCCCCUGGUCCUCUUUCGGCUGUCAGUCCAUGUUCCCGGACGCACAGCUGACGUUCACCGACCUCGACGUGCAGUCUCCGGGGGAGGGCGCUUGCGCUGAGGGGGAGAGCUCCUCCGUGGACGAACCCCUGGAGGUGACCAAGCGCAGAGCCCGACGGCUGGUGUCCCAUCAGCCCUACAAGGUGCAGCGGCACGCCGCCAACAUCCGGGAGAGGAAGAGGAUGCUCAGCAUCAAUUCCGCCUUCGAGGAGCUGCGCUGCCACGUACCAACGUUUCCCUACGAGAAGCGGCUGUCAAAGAUCGACACUCUGAGGCUGGCUAUAGCCUACAUCGCCCUGCUGAGAGAGAUCCUCAUGUCAGGCUGCGACCCCAAAUCCUAUGUGGACGAGUGCAUGAAGAAUGGCUACAAGAACCAAACCAACGCCAUCUGGAACACAAGUGAUCUGACGGCCCGCCUCUCUUGGAUAAAGUGGGAUUAACUGAAGAACAUGGGGCACCCUGAGUGCCGAGAUGUCGGCGUGGAGGUGGUUCAGGUUUGUUCCUCCCUCGUCCCUCUCUCUCUCUCUACAUGUCAAAGACAGGCUGCCGGGCGCGACAGAGCCAGCCGAUCGACAUCUGCAGACUUCUCACCGGGUCACACACCUCAGGCUUUCUCAACCCCAUCCACUCCCUCUUCCCCCCGUGGCUUUUAAUAUUGUAAUUUAUUGUCGACUGGUAAUUGAGAGCCAUUGUUUCUGGGGCUGGGGAGGGACAGAGGGUUGGCUUUGUUUGUCCAAAUGGAUGGCACUUGUAACAGAGAGAGAGGGGCACACUGGCAUGAGACUGAAUGGACUUCCUAAGGACUCAUACUUCUGCACGCAGCGCUGAAGUGUUUUCUGGGCUCCCCGCUCAUUAGGCUGCGAGUCGAUGUGUUAAAAAGAGCCUUAAUCAUGUAAAUGAGACGAUGGGCGUGAGAAGCAGAUCGGUGCAAUGUGUUUUAGCAUGUCAGGUGCUGUCUCCAAUCACGGCAGCAAGGUUAAUUGUGUACUGCUUGUUUCAAGUGCAACCUCUAUCUAUCUACUCUUUAUUUAUCUAUUUAUUUACUUAUUUAUUUUAACUUAUUGCUUAUUUAUGGUAAAUAAAUGAUUGUGCUGCUUUUUGGGAUUUGUGUUACAACAAAGUGUGAUUAUCAAUUGUUCUGUAACUCAGAUUUUACUGUACAUUUUAAGCUAGUGUGGAAAUGUCAUUCACCACAAAUAAUCUCACACAGCACCACAGAGGAGGGAUUUUGUGUAUUUGUAAUCACUGUUCUCUACUCAAAGGCAAGAUCACAUAAAGACCACCUAUAUCUUU